UAUUCCACGUCACUUUCGUCAGUAUUCCGCAAAAUAUUCGGGUAGUUUAUAUACGACAACAAUCCUACAUUAAAACCGAAAUAAACUUACUUUCUGCUUGUUGGCGAAAUAAGCUACAAUGAGCCGACAGAAUAACGAAGUGUCGGAGUUGAUCGAUGUUGAGAAUGCAUUUUACAUCGGCAAUUACCAGACAUGUAUCAACGAGUGCAACAAAAUUUCGAAACCAUCCCUGGAGAAGGACGUCUAUAUGUACCGAUCCUACAUCGCCCAAAACAAAUACCGUGUUGUUUUGGACGAAAUAAAAUCCUCUGACGAAACGCCUCUGCUUGCAUUACGAUAUCUGGCAGAGUAUUUAUCCAACGCCACUCGGAAGGAAGCAGUUGUUUCAAUCUUCGAUGAAAAAUUCCAAGGCGAUAUCAACGCUGUGGAUGUUAUCUGGAUCAUUGCUGGAGCAAUUGUUUACAUCAACGAAGAGUCUUAUGAAACUGCCAUGAAAAUUCUGGCUGGUAAUUUCAAUCUGGAAUGCAUGUCGUUGCAUUUGCAUUGCCUUUUGAAAAUGUACCGCGUCGAUUUGGCCAAACAAGUUUUCGCAACUAUGCAAGAAAAGGAUGACGACGCAACGCUCACCCAGCUGUCCCAAGCUUGGUUGAACAUUCAAAUUGGGGGCGAAAAAUUACAGGACGCCUACUUCAUCUUUCAAGAUCUGUGCGAUAAAUUUUCGCCGACCCUUCUAUUGUUGAACGGUCAAGCGGUUUGUUACAUCGGCCAGCAAAAGUAUGACGACGCGGAGCAAGUUUUACGCGAAUGUCUGAACCGCGAUCCAAACAACUACGACACCCUGAUCAAUCUUCUGGCACUAUCCCAGCAGAAGGAUAAGAAUAGCAGUCAGUUCAAUCGUUAUCUGUCCCAGAUUUUGGAUGACCACAAGAAUAGUAGCCUCGCAAAUGCGUACAAUAAGCGACAGUCGGAAUUUGAUCGCCUUGUGCUACAAUUCGGUCCAUCGAAUACAAAACCCGUGGAUGAAAUAGUCGCCUAAUCUUUCGGUAGGAACGUUUAUAUGUCGUGCUAACUUAUCCGUAAUUCCACAACGUCGUAAUCGCUACUAUGAAAUAAUAUUCCAGGAAGUUGCAGAAACAUUGAUUUUAAUAUAUCCGACUUUGACUAGGA